AUGCACAUAGAAGACAAGAACAUGACCAAAGACGAGAAGAUUACUGCCAUCGAUGCGAUUGCGGAGGAUCCUUCGGUUACGCUUGAGAGUUUCGCACACCUGGAUAUCAACAAAAUAUUGAGGAAGAUCGAUAUGAGACUGGUUCCUAUGCUAACCGUCUUGGUUCGUGAUCAAUUCUCCGGAAUUCUCUGUGCAGAAGAUGAAGAUGCUGAUGUUUGA